AUGAAGCCUCCCCCUGUCCUCACCUUCCUUUGCCUCCUGGUGGCCCUGGCCGGCGGGAACCUGGUCCAGUUCGGGGUGAUGAUCGAGAGGAUGACGGGGAAGUCGGCGCUGCAGUACAACGACUACGGCUGCUACUGCGGCAUCGGGGGCUCCCACUGGCCGGUGGACCCCACGGACUGGUGCUGCCACGCCCACGACUGCUGCUACGGGCGCCUGGAGAAGCUGGGCUGUGAGCCCAAGCUGGAGAAGUAUCUCUUCUCUGUCGCCGGGCACAGCAUCUUCUGCGCCGGCAAAACCGCCUGCCAGCGGCAGACCUGCGAGUGUGACAAGAGGGCUGCCCUCUGCUUUCGUCACAACCUGGACACCUAUGACCGCAAAUACGCCCAUUACCCCAACAAGCUGUGCACCGGGCCCACCCCGCCCUGCUAG